GACAGGAGAGAUAAGCGUGAGCAGGAGGCAGCACGGGACCAGCGGAGCUGGGGGCGGCCGCCAGCACCAACCGCAGCCGCAGCGUCCUCCCGCAGCCGGGCUGCUCCUGGCACCAGGACGGGAGGCUGUGCCAGGCCCUGCUGGCCCAAACCCGGCCGGUUCCGUGCCUCCUCCUGGAACUGCUUUUGCCCCCGGGCCCCGAGCGGGAGCCAGCAAGGAGGCGGGACUGCCCUGCAAUGCGGGCACGGCCUCCCACCCCCUCAGCACUGCGAUGGCAGCAGCAGGGCAGUGCCAGGGGCCACUGGCUUCCCCCAGCCGGGCUGGGGAUGCGGGCCCAGAGGAGGGCCCAGCCAGGCGCUCGGAGACCGGAGCCAGACCCAGGGGCCCGGCAGGCAGCACGGAGCUGACGGGCAGCACCAACCUGAUCACGCACUACAACCUGGAGCACGCCUACAACAAGUUCUGCGGCAAGAAGGUGAAGGAGAAGCUCAGCAACUUCCUCCCCGACCUGCCCGGCAUGAUCGACCUGCCCGGCUCCCACGACAACAGCAGCCUGCGCUCCCUCAUCGAGAAGCCCCCGAUCUGCGGCAGCUCCUUCACCCCCCUCACGGGCACCAUGCUGACCGGCUUCCGCCUGCACGCCGGCCCGCUGCCCGAGCAGUGUCGGCUGAUGCACAUCCAGCCGCCUAAGAAGAAGAACAAGCACAAGCACAAGCAGAGCCGCACGCAGGAUCCCGUCCCCCCAGAAACCCCCUCGGACUCCGACCACAAGAAGAAAAAGAAGAAAAAAGAGGAGGAUCCGGAACGAAAGAGGAAAAAGAAAGAGAAGAAGAAGAAGAAGAACCGGCACAGCCCCGAGCACCCGGGGGUGGGCGGCUCGCAGGCCAGCAGCAGCAGCAGCCUGCGGUGAGGCCGCCCGGGCGUCCCCCAGCCCGCGGGAACAGCCCCGACUGACCCGGGAGGGACGCGGCGCUCGGCGGGGGGCUCGGGCUGGCCCGUGCCCCCCCGGCAGAGAGGACACCCCCGCAGCCCCACGUGCAGCCAGCGGGACCAGGGGACGAGGACUCUGCUGGCAACGGAGCUGCCAGCCUGGGCCUUUUAUACCAGAACAACCCGGUGCAUCAGGGCCUCUCUUUUUUAGUCACCUUUUAAUUAAAGUCUCUGCUCUGAA